AUGGAUGAACACAAUACAACACUGCUGAAAGAAUUCAUUCUCAUGGGAAUCACAGACCGUCCUGAGCUGCAGGCUCCCUUCUUUGGGCUGUUCCUCAUCAUCUAUGUAACUGCAAUGGUGGGCAACUUAGGCAUGAUCAUCCUCACUAAUAUUGAUGACAGGAUCCAGACACCCAUGUACUUUGUUCUCAGACAUCUGGCUUUCAUUGAUGUUGGCUAUUCAACAGCUGUGGGAUGCAAAAUGUUGGUAAAUUUUGUAGCAAACCUAAAUACAACCUAUAAUUUGUGUGCUGCAUAGCUAGCUUUCUUCAUCAUGUUCAUCACCAGUGAACUUUUUGUUCUGUCAGCAACAGUCUAUGAUGGGUAUGUGGCCAUCUGUAACCCUCUGCUUUACACAGUAGUCAUGUCACAGAGAGUGUGCUGGGUGCUCGUAGCAGUCCCCUAUCUCUACAGUGCCUUUCUCUCACUGAUAACCACCAUGAAAAUUUUUAUUUCACCCUUCUGUGGCUAUAAUGUCAUUGGUCAUUUCUACUGUGACAGUCUUCCCUUGUUGAAUUUGCUGUGCUCAAGCACAUGUGAAAUGGAGCUGAUGAUACUGAUCUUUUCUGCAUUUAACUUGGUGUCAUCUCUUCUGAUAGUCCUUGUGUCCUACACACUGAUCCUUGUGGCCAUCCUCAGGAUGAACUCUGCAGAAGGUAGGUGCAAGGCCUUCUCCACCUGUGGAUCUCACCUGAUUGUGGUAGUUGUAUUAUAUGGGACUCUGCUCUUUAUGUAUGUGCAGCCCAAGUCCAGUCACUCCUUUGAUACUGAUAAAAUGGCCUCUGUAUUUUACACUCUGGUAAUACCCAUGCUCAAUCCCAUGAUCUACAGCUUGAGGAACAAAGAGGUCAAAGGUGCCCUGCACAGGAUAUGGAAAAAAUCUGUUCAAACUUCCUGUUUGAAGUUCAAUGUAGAAUCUGGGAUUGAGAACCACACUUCUGGAUGGUUGCAGCUGAGGCCAUGGGUUCAGGGCUUCUUACCCAACCAGGAAAGGAGCCCGGAGUUACUGCAUUCCAGUGUUCGUGGCCCUCAAGUGCUCCAUCAAGGCGCUGGUGCCGAACGACACGCUCCUGCAGGUGAAGGGUACUGGCGCCAACAGCUCCUUCAAGCUCAACUGGAAGAAGCUGGAAGGCGGCGGGGAGCAGCGCGGGUGGGCCGCAGCCACCACCGCCCCGGCGCCCGCCACCGUGUACAAGGCCAAGAAGCCGGCGGCGGGCGCGCUGCACGUGGACAAGAAGCCCGCCAAGAGCCAGAAGGCAGAGAAGCGCUCGCACAAGAAGGGCGCAGCCUUGCUUUGCAAUUUUGA